CAUGUAGUGAUGCACAUGGAUCUCAAACCAGAAAAUUUCUUGUUUGCAAACAAGAAAGAAUCAGCGGUACUUAAGGCCAUUGAUUUUGGCCUGUCUGUAUUUUUCAUUCCAGGCGAACGGUUUUCUGAGAUUUUUGGAAGUCCUUAUUACAUGGCUCCAGAGGUGCUAAAGAGAAACUAUGGCCCAAAGGUUGAUGUUUGGAGUGCAGGAGUGAUUCUGUACAUUCUUCUUUGUGGUGUCCCCCCAUUCUGGGCAGAAACGGAACAGGGUGUUGCUCAGGCAAUCAUUCGAUUUGUCAUUGAUUUCAAAAGAGAUCCAUGGCCAAGGGUGUCUGAUAACGCCAAAGACCUUGUCAGAGGAAUGCUGAAUCCGGACCAAAAACGACGAUUGACAGCUCACCAAGUGCUUGGUCACCCAUGGUUGCAGAACAUUAAGAAGGCUCCAAAUGUUAAUUUGGGUGAAACCGUUAAGGCCAGACUCAAACAAUUCUCUGUGAUGAACAAGUUCAAGAAGCAUGCACUUAGGGUUAUAGCUGAGCAUCUUUGGGUAGAAGAGGCUGCUGACAUAAAGGAUAUGUUUGAGAAGAUGGAUCUUAACAAGGAUCAAAUGCUUAGUUUCGAGGAGCUGAAGCUUGGUCUGCAUAAGUUUGGUCAGCAAAUGCCUGAUGCAGAUGUUCAAACACUAAUGGAAGCGGCGGAUGCUGAUGGAAAUGGGUCCUUGAAUUAUGGAGAAUUUGUUACAUUAUUUGUUCAUCUAAGAAAGAUCGGAAAUGAUGAGCAUAUGCAUAAGGCAUUUGCAUACUUCGACCGGAACCAGAGCGAUUAUAUUGAAAUUGAUGAACUCCGUGAGUCAUUAGCUGAUGACCUUGGACAAAACCGUGAAGAGAUUAUCAAUGCCAUCAUCCGUGAUGUAGACACCGAUAAGGAUGGCAAGAUAAGCUACGAUGAGUUUGCGACGAUGAUGAAGGCCGGAACAUACGAGAGGAAAGCAUCCAGACAGUACUCGAGAAAGCAUCCAGACAGUACUCGAGAGAGCUGCAAGAACAGAGUAUUCUGA